GUCAAACUUUUAGCUAGCUUUCGUAGAGGUAAAAAUGGAGAGCUGGUAGUAAACAAUACGCUGUUCUCUAGCCGAAUAUAGUUAUUUUUCCUUAAUUUUUCACUACGCAAAAGUACUAUAGUUAUAGUUCUAGGGAAUGCUAGCUGAUUAGUUGUUGUAGCAUUUUUAACCCCACAGUCGCGUAAUGGAGACACAGGGUGUGUUGAGUGUUUUACUCUUUGUAGUACUGAUAAGUCUAGACAAUGCUGUUCACUCCCAAAGAAUAAAAGAUGAUAUGUAUACGCCGAUCAGUGGAGCGCAUUGUUUUCGACGCAUGAACGGAACGCACGUUACCGGUUGCAGCUCGAAGCUGGGUGGUUCCGUGGGCGUUUUGCACUUCAUCACCGCGGCAGAGGAUAUCGAUUUUAUCAUAGAGCACCAUCCUGCUCCACCGUAUGCUCCGGUCAUUCCUCCGCAUCUCUUCACGAGGGACAACAUCAUGAGGUUGCGAGACAGUGGGGGCGAACAUGUGUCCGCAAUAAUACUGAUCAACAAUGCCACCGAAUUGGAUCAGUGCAGUCAGGAAUCGAGAUGCCCCAAUCAGUUCAGCGGAUUAAUCGCUGGCGAUGAUGAGGAGGGCUGCAGUGUGGACCAGCCAGAUAAAAGCUGGAAUCCCUGGGGCACAGGUUUGCUUCUGGAGGACUUUCCUUUUCCCGUGUAUUACGUAGCAGAACCGGAAGAGAUCGGGAAACUGUUCGAUUGCUUCGAGAAGUUCAAUAACUAUGAUUUGAAGAAUCAACACACGAGAAGUCUCUGUAGCAUCCAGAUAAACGCCUUUAUGUCGGCCGCGGUUAAUUCCAAAGUGUGCUUGGGACGGUCUACACUUUUCAAUUCGCUGAGUCCGAUGAAAUUCUGCGACCCAUUACAGGGGAAAAACGUUUUCGCAACUCUAUUCCCCAGGGUUCACGUGCAGCCUGAGAAUCGGAGAGUGGAUCUGUCGGAGAGGAUUAUUCUUGUUUCGACUAGAAUGGACACAACCACGAUGUUCGAUGGUAUCGGACUCGGAGCGAUGGAUUCAUUGGUACCGUUUACGAUUCUAGUGUCAAUAUCUCAUUUCUUGGCAAAGGUCCUACCGGAGCGAAUCAGAUCCUCCGAUCCGAACGUGCUUUUUAUGUUCUUCAAUGGGGAAUCGUACGAUUACAUUGGAUCGCAGCGUUUCGUUUAUGAUCUACAGGAGGGAGCGUUUCCCACUAAAGGAGGAAUGACAAAUCCUGUAGCGCUGGAAAAUAUCGAUUUAAUGAUCGAUAUUGGAACGAUUGAUGAUUUAAAUAAUCUUCGAAUUUAUCAUGCCUCAGAUAUAGCCGCGGUGCCACAGAUAUCCAAAAUUAUCGAACGAGUCAAUCUUUCGAAUCGGCUGAACAUCAAAGCUGAAGCACCGAUAAAGACUAGGAAUUUGCCUCCAGUAUCAUCGCAAUCGUUUCUACGAUUCAAUGCAUCGUUUCCCUCGGUAAUUGUUACAUCUGCUCCCGCCAAUCAUUUCUACCAUUCGAUAUAUGAUGAUAACGAGAAUCUCAAGUUCGUAUACGGAAAUCAUUCCGGAGAGCAAGAUUUCACCCAGUUGGAAAACAUUGCGCAAAAGAACGAAUUUUUCGCGGAAGACUCAGUUCAGAUCCGCCUCCGUAACGUAUCUUCACUCUUGGGCAUGGUCAUAUAUGAGUUGGUUACUGGAACACGUUACGACCCAAAGUUUGGCACUAACAGUGUCCUCAUCGAUGAAUUUCUCUACUGCUUCCUGCACUCUGCAGAUUGUCCGUUGUUUCACGCCGCUGCAAAACCGGAUUCACCUAAACCUUUCCCGGCUCCACCGACGCGGUAUAUAAGUGUUCACUCUACUCUGCCUUCGGAGGCAUCCGGAUGGACUCAUCGCAUCCUAGGGCUACUUGUCGGCCAGAAAGUGAACACAAGUACAAAAACCGAUUGCCAAGCAUUACACCUGCCGUACAAUUGGUACGCCGGCUAUUACGGCCUGGGCGAGUGCCAUUUGACCACCCAGAACUUUACCCAAGCUUUGUCGCCCGCGUUCCUGGAUGACGAUUAUGAUUUCGCCUCGACCCGGUACUCCACCUGGACCGAGUCGACGUGGCGAGAAAUGUCGGCCCGCAUUUUUUUGCGACCAUCCAUGUCGCACGAAUCGUUCACCCUCUCGAUUGGCUUCGUCGUGAUGGUGAUCUCUUUUGUGCUGGUCUUUCUCAUCAACAGCCGUUCGGAGGUUCUGUUCAAUCAGUGUGCAUCCACGAAACCGAUAGCUUCACCCACGCAGUGUUGAGUCGAUUAGUAAUUUUCCAUUUGAGACUGUGACUUGACCAAACGUCCCUACCCUUUCGUCCAUCUAAUAAACCGAAGCGAAGCUAUUUUCGAGGACAAUAGAUUCCAAUUGUUUUCUUUUUUGUUUUAUCUAAACUCAAUCAUUGACAACUCUUCUUUUUAGCACUGAUUUUACUACUCGAUAAAUAAUUUAUCUUCGAACAUCUGAUACUAGUUAGUAAGUAUAGAAAUGUGUAAUAAAUAAGUGACUAAAACCACACCUUACCAUACGCCA